GCAGCAUGAGGUACGCAGCAGAAAUCAUCAACUGCUGGAAACUCGGAGGUGAAGAUAACCCCUGUUCUCCCGAUGUCCAGUCCAGGCCUGGUUGAUACUGAAGCGGCUUUUUUAUAAGAGGAAAAGAAGGAAAAGCUGCCGGAGAGGACACGUUUUCGGAGCGGUUGGACGAAACGGAGGAUUGAAAUCGCACUUGAAGAUUUGAGAGGCCUCCCCUCAUCCCAGAGGCACAAUGAGCUGGAGCUUCCUUACACGUCUGCUCGACGAGAUUUCCAGUCACUCCACAUUUGUAGGCAAAUUAUGGCUGACGCUUCUCAUUGUCUUCCGCAUCGUGCUGACAGCUGUCGGGGGAGAGUCCAUCUACUAUGAUGAGCAAAGUAAUUUUGUCUGCAACACACAGCAACCUGGCUGCGAGAAUGUAUGCUACGAUGCCUUUGCGCCGCUCUCGCACAUUCGCUUCUGGGUUUUUCAGGUGAUUAUGAUCACCACCCCCACAAUCAUGUAUCUGGGCUUUGCUAUGCAUAAGAUUGCCCGUAUGGAUGAUGAAGAAUACCGGCCAAGAGAGAGGAAGAGGAUGCCUAUGGUGAGCCAUGGCACCUACCGGGACUAUGAGGAAGUGGGGGAUAACGGUGAGGAGGACCCCAUGCAGCUGGAGGAGAUUGAGCCAGAGAAGGAGAAGGAAGUGGUGGAAAAGCUGACCAAAAAGCAUGACGGGCGCAGACGUAUCAAACGAGAUGGGCUCAUGAAGGUGUACGUGUUUCAGCUGCUGUCACGUGCCAUCAUCGAAGCCUCAUUCUUAUUUGGCCAAUACAUCCUGUAUGGCCUGGAAGUGGCGCCGUCGUAUGCGUGCACACGCUCGCCUUGCCCGAACACGGUUGACUGUUUUGUCUCACGCCCAAAGGAGAAGACAAUCUUUCUGCGCAUCAUGUAUGCUGUCAGCGCCCUGUGUCUGCUCUUCACAGUGCUGGAGAUCAUCCACCUUGGUAUCAGUGGCAUUCGCAACUGCCUCUGCGCGCCACGGUCUCGACCUCCAACUCCCCGCCACCCAGCCCUGUCCGGCCAGAGACCCUCCCUCUGCCGCCGACCAUCUGCCCCCUCAGGCUCCCACACAGCUCUGAAGAAGGACCCGCCUGGAAAGAUGGGCUUCAGGGACAACCCAGGAGACUCCAGCCGUGAGUCGUUCAGGGAUGAGGCUUCAUCUCGGGAGCUGGAGAGGCUGCGGAGGCACCUGAAGCUGGCCCGACAGCACCUGGAUAUGGUCUACCAGAGCGAGGAGAACAGCCCAUCUUGCAGCAGCACGUUUGACAAAGAUAAGGAUUUUUCUUUUCAGACGUUACAUUUGUUUCAGUCCUACUGUUCUGCCAUUUUCCUGAUAAAUUUAACUAAGGCCUCUAUCUUUAUUUAUUUAUUUUUUAUUUUUAUUAUAGACUUUAAUUGAACAGGGACAGUGCACAUUAAUUAACAUCUGCAACAGCUGUAAAUGUGUCAGUGUUCACCAAAGCUGAUUUUCAUCUGUAGUCCCUGGGCCAUGAUGUUAAAUAGGCAAGAGCUAGAGGAAGAGAAGCCAAAUUAGAAAGCACAAAAGCAUGCAGAUUAGUUAAUUAGUUAGUAAUUAGUAAUUACUUUACCAGUCAAAGUCACCUGACCGAUGAUCUGACAAAUAAUAGUUUUUGUAAAAGAAGAGCCAGAGUCAGCAUAUGUCCCCAAAUUUUUACAACUACUGCCAUCAGAGCUAGUGUUACACUGAUUGAAUUGUGGCCCAUGGGUAAACUGUACAUUUAGGCAAUUUUGGGAUAGAAAAUCAAUGUUAUCAAUAAUAAUCAUGGGUGUGUUGCAGGCUGAAAAGAUUAAAAUGAUAACUGUAGAAUGAUCGAGAGGUCGGCUUGAUCCGUUUGUAUUUACUUUAAUGACAGCGAUAAGCACCAAAACAUACCAGCAUAAGAAAGCAUCCCGUAACCAAGGCAACAACCUGUUAACUGCUACUCGAACAUCCUGCCGUUACAAAAUAACCAUUACUGUGGUAACAAUAGUUCCGCUAUAUGAACUGUAUUUGACAAUAACCAUGUUAAGUACCAUACAGAAGAAAAUUCUUUGCUAAAAUAGCUAAUUUUCCUCAUACUUCCUGGUAUUAUGCAAGGCUAGUAGGAAUGAGAGCUAACCCUAUCAUUUCAGGACACUGUUAUUUUUUCUGUAUUUAAAUUUAGAAACUUCUUUUUAACCUCAAUGAUGUCCUGUACAGCUCCGUAACAUUAACCAGUUCAAUAAACACUUCAGUUCAUUAGCAAUAACCAUCAAGUGGAGAAAAUUCAUGCCUUUUUUUCCACAAAACCAUUAUUUCAGUUUUUCUCCCCAUUAGCUGAGUUAUUGUUUUUGAUAAAAUGUUGACAUUACCAUUUUUUAGUGGAACCUGGUGCUGUUUAUCCUGUCAUGUAAAAGCAAUUCCUGCCUUCCCAGGACAUUUUGAUUGAUUUGGAUGUAUAAAAACAAAUUUUAUUACUGACAUUGAUGUUUGUUUCUCCCCAGGUCUCAGAGUAUAGGUCCUCAUCCACCCAGAUGACAAUAAGGACAUAAGGGAAUCUCAGCGUGGAGAUGUGUAUGGUUGUGAAUGUGUCUUUGAUCUUGUGAAUUUGCUUGAGGAGGUUGAAGUCAGCCCAAGCCUUUCAGUAUUAGGGCCUGGAUCAAGGUCAAGGAUCAAGUCAAAGGAGGAUAACAGUAUUGCCUAUACAUUCAUACUUGACCCACCAGCCUGUCUAAAGAUCCAAAGUGCUUAGAAACUGCCGCUGUGCAGCAAGACCUGUUAUCUGUGCUUCUCCCUCAGGGAUUCAGGAUUACUAGUGGUUGCAUUUUUAUGUUUGUCCUCUGUUGGAUGUUCAGAGGAGGUGCAUCUCAAGUUUGCCACUGACAUUUUCAAACAGUCUGGACAAAGACCUUAGCUUGACUGAUGACUGAUGUGACCUGUGCAGGUGUGACACACAUUUGUUUCCUUUUCUUUUUUGCUUUAGAAAUUGUUGGUUAUGUUAGCACUGCACUCACCGUUCCCAAGUCUGGUGCCAGCCGUGGUAACUGGAAGAUGCUGGUGGUGCCUUUGUCCAAAGGAAUAAAAAAAAAAAAAAAACUGGAUAAUGUUUGAAAUAAAUGUAAAUUGAGACAUUGUCUUGUAUUGUUUAAACAUGUAUUUGAUACUUUGUGUAUGUUAGCUUAUGAGUAUUUUUGUUCUUCAGGUUAAAGGCUUUUGCCACUGUGGCUGACAUUAUUCAGUUUGAAAAAAAUAAUGAUGAUAAUGCUCAUUGCUGUUAUGGCUCUGAAUCCCAAUAUUACCGAGGAACUGUUGUGUAUUUAAAACGGUUAAUUUUUGUUCCCCUUUCAAAUGAUGAAAAUGGCAUUGCAUCCAUCGCAUUUGGAUAUUUUGUUCCUUAUUAGCUUCAUAUUUUCCUUGACCAGGAAAUGUUACUGGACUGACACAUAUUUGAACUGUUGGUGUCCCACCAGAAUGUUGAAAAGCUGAAAAUGUUUUCAUUUUGAUAGAACCAUAAAAUGCCUUGAAUGCUUUAUACCAUGAUGCCACCAUUUGUAUUCUGAACCAUACCCACAGUUUCAUGAGUGCAAACUCAAAUGUCAUCUCAAGUUAUUUAAAAAAAAAAAAUGCCUUUUGUACUUUUUGAUACGUUUUGUAUUGAUAGGA